ACCAGAGGAUUCUUGAUACUCUCGAGCUUCUCUCCAACCCUCCGGCCACUGUCACUCUCACCAAGGGGUCCGUCACUGGUGUUUGUCUGUAGGAAGUCUUACUGUCAUCCCCACCUACGCUCGCUCUUAUAACACUCGUUUAUUCAUUGCCCACACCUGGUCUUGUAGCCAGCAUGCGCGGUCUCACUCGGAUGGCCCUUAUGGGCUUGGGCUCUGGCCUGGUACAGGCUGUGCCGCAAGGUUACAACUACGGCACUGUGACCACCACCGUGACCGUGACGGCGUGCGCCUCGACGUGCUUUCCAGGCCCUCCGACCUCGACUCUGUCGUCUGAUACGGAGACCCCGACGCUCCCACCGUCGGGCACCACCACUCCUGGUAGCACCAUCGAGACGUCUCGUACUGAUGCAAUCAGCCAGUCCGCCUCAUCGAGCUACAGCACCAGCACCGCGCCGCCAGAGACUACCGAGACACUCCCGCCUGGCACGUCUGCCACCUACGGGCCUCCGACCUCUUCCGAGUCCCAGCCACCGGAGACUAGUAGCCCUCCUGGAUCCAGCAGCAUCCCACCCCCGGCAACUACGAGCACCGAUCAGCCGUCAGGCUCGAGCACCUACGGACCUCCCCCGGGCACUACUUCGGCUCCUCCGCCUGAUUCCUCGAGCAGCGCCCCGCCCACCUCCAGCGGUUCGUAUGGGCCUCCCCCGUCGUCAACUGGUCCUGAGAGCUCGGUCUCAAGCACGGCUCCAGGCACGACCGAGACAUCUGCCACGAGCAACGUGUCGUCGUCUAGGUCCUCGACCGCGCCUCCUGAGACCAGCGAGACGUCACCCCCGACAACCGACGCUUCUUCGAGCAGCUACGAAUCCUCGACGACUCUGCCUCCGCCAGAGAGCACAAGCACCUACAGCCCGUCUGAUUCUGGUUCCCCUCCCACCGAGACGUCAGUGUCGACCAGUCCUCCGGGAAGCAGCACAACCGCACCGCCCGUGACCAGCUGCUACGGAUAUGGCUGCCAGUCUGGGUCUUCCAGCAGUGAAGCCCCGAGCACGUCAUCCACUAGCUCUGACAUCACUGUGAGCUCAAACCUGCCUAUAUCGCCGUCUUACAGCUCGUCAAGCGUCACGUCAGCCAGCUCUUCUACGGAGACAAGCGAGACAGUCCCCGGCACCACUGAGACCUCUGGAACAUCGCCCGCGACUUCAGAGACAUCGACGUACGGCACCAGCUCAACUGACAUCACCACCCGCAUCACCAUCACGGCAACUGGCACCGUCACCAAGACAGCAUCGUCGACACAGGAGACCGGCAGCACGACAGCCAGCACGACAGCCAGCACGACCGAUGUGACCACGUCGGCGACUGAGAGCGGAGGCACCUCGACCAGCCCCGAGACCACGCCCGGCACUUCCAGCUCGUACGAGACUGUCAGCACGGGCACGACUACAGGCACUGAGACCUCGGCAACCUACGGAAUAAGCUAUACUGGCACCCCUACCGGCCCCGAGACGUCUGCUACGUACGGUACCAGCACCACGGGAACGUCCACCGGUCCUGACACUUCUGCCACCUCUGAAACAAGCAGCGUCGGAACCUCGACUGGCCCUGACACUUCCGCGACAUACGGCAUCAGCUCAACGUUGACGCCGACUGGACCUGAGACGUCCGCUACAGAUGCUAUCAGCAGCACCGGGACCUCGACUGGGCCUGCUACCUCGGCGACUUACGGCACUGUGAGCACCGAGUCGUCGACGGACCUGACGUCCACCAAGACAAAGUGCACUAAACGCACCACUACCACCGGCACCACAACCGGUCCCGCCAGCUCCGGGACCUCGGUUACUGAGACCGGUGCCACGAGCAUCAGCAGCAGCGCCGCGUCUUCCACGUACGGAACCGGCUCUACCGGAGUUGAGACUUCAACGACGGCCGCCACUUCGCCUGCCACCAGCUACGGAGGCAGCACCACCACCUCCUCCACUAGCGAGUCCCCAACGACCGCAUCAGGCUCUUCAUCCACGACUGGUGGCGGCUACGGCUCUUCUACUACCACAGGCGGAUCAGAGACCUCGGGUGCCCUGCCAGUCUCCUCGGCCACUUCCUCCGCAGGCUACAGCAGCAGCACCAGCGCCUCUAGCGAGUCUUCGACAACCGCAUCAGGCUCUCCAUCCACGACUGGCGGUGGCUAUGGUCCUCCCACUACCACAGGCGGAUCGGAGACCUCUGGGGCUCUGCCAGUCUCCUCGGCCACUUCCUCCGCAGCCAGCAGCACCGAGACUGGCAGCGAGUCAUCCACCUACUACACCACAGCCACCGGCAGCGCUUCCUCGUCGUACGGCCCGUCGUCCAUCACGGAGUCGCAGCCCCCGGCAACGAGCAGCGGCGGCGGCUACCCGCCCAUUCCGACCACAUCGCCGAGCACCUUUGUGACCCAGACGUCGGCUGCCGAGCCCAUUGGUAGCACCAGCAGCACCAGCUCCGACGCUGUGACCACCACCACAGGCUACGGACCGGGUUCCUCGACCUCGACCUCGCAGGCCGCCACGACCACCCCCUGGAGCCCGCCCGGAUACGGUGGCUACCCCGGGUACGGGUACAAGCGCUGGGCGAAGCGUAACGUUGUCCUUGCUUAA